AUGGACCAAUUUACCAUCUACUGCCACUACUUUCCUCACAUGGACCCGGACGACGCCCUCUCAUCUCGUAAAGACCCUAGAGCCCAUGAUAUCGCAAACGGCUUCCUACUGCGCAUUUUGAGUCGCUUCAAGAUGGCCCGCUCGUGGCUCAGUCAACUAGCAGAAUGGCAAAGAUAUUACCGUCGUGAGAGGAAGAAGUACCGAGAGCUAAGCGGCCAGAUCGAUGAUUCUCCAAAGAGCAACUCCAGCGACGGCGUCGCUAGCGGUGGGCUGAAAGACUAUGCACAGCUCUUCGAAAGAACGCACAAGCAGUUCGGUGACAUUGCCAACGCUAACGACAAUGACGGACAAUGGCCCGACAGGGACAAGGACCUCGCGGAUACGAGACUGCCGCAUGACGAAGACUCUGCAGAGCGCACCUUGCCUACCAGUGCGGCUUCAGUCAAGCAUGAGUUGCAAGGUGCACCAGAAGAAAAGUCCAGUAACCAGUCCGGCUUUACUGCCGUCAACCACAAUGGUCAACAAACUCCUCCAGCUCCGCCGCCAGUCACCCAACCAUCAACCUACGCGCACGGCGGCCGUACACCUUCUUAUGAUCAAAACUCUCACAUGCGCGCCACGGCACUGACAUCACCACAACAACCCUACCCAGCAUACCAGUAUCCCAAUACUCAGCAUUCCCUGAGAAGUCCUUUCCAGCAGUCUGACCCCCGACAAUCGCCUGUGCCAGCCCCGGCAUCUGUCCCGAUACACAGUGUCUACCAACCAUGGCCACAAGCACGACCGCAGGAGUUACAGGAGCAGAAGGUGAACAUGGAGAUUUGCGGCGCUGCUACUUUCCCCAACGGCUGGGCGGGCGACGUCAUGAUUGGUGAUAGUGCUCAAGACUUUAACAAUUGGGGACAAUAUGGCUUUCCGACCAUCCCGGAUAACUCGGGGUAUUAUCAGUCUGGGUAUUCGUAUCCGCCGCAGUAG